GUAUAAAGAGCCACUAAGCCAACUGAAGCCGAUAAAAAAACGACCCGAAACCAGGCCCAUGAAAAGUUCAGUGGAGCCGCAUGGCCAGUUUCCGGGUCGACCCGGAAAAGUAGUAGGGUUGCUAGUCUACGCUCAUCAAAGCCAAGCACGGUGUUCCCGUCGAGGAUCGGAGGAUCUCGUCGAUUCAUAGCUCUGAUCUUGAUAAUGGCAGGGAGAAAUCGUGCCCCUCGCCAUCAUAAUGGUUUCCGAAAUUUUCAUGAGCCAGUAAUGAAUUGAGAACCAGGACCCCUCCCCAUUCAUCCUGCAGCAUUGGAAGACGAACUUGAAAUGCAACAUAGAGAAAUGCAGAGGGUUCUUGCAGAGAAUCGUCAUGUAAUUGAUGAUAAUACUCUUCUUCAACGGGAAUUGACAGCUGCAAAAGAUGAGAUCCACAGAUUGGGGCAGGUCAUACCCAAACUUCGGGCCGAAAAAGAGGCAAAUAUAAGGGUAUUAAUUGAGAGAGGACUGAAGCUAGAAGCUGAUCUUCAUGCUUCUGAGCCUUUGAGGGCAGAGGUUAUCCAGUUAAGGACUGAAAUUCAGAAGUUAAAUUCUUUACGGCUGGAGCUGUUUUCCCAAGUCCAAGGCCUCACAAAGGAUAUUAAUCAAUUGCAAGCAGAGAAUCAGCAACUGGUUGGCAUGAGGGCUGAUGUCGAUGGAAUGCACAAAGAGCUUGUUGAGGCCAGGAGGGCUUAUGAAUACGAGAAGAAAGCCAAUGAAGAACAAGUUGAACAGAAGCAAGCAAUGGAAAAAAACCUCAUUUCUAUGGCUCGUGAAAUAGAGAUGUUACGGGCGGAGCAGCUGAAUGUUGAGAGGAGGACACGGGGACUUGGUUUUCUCUCUUUCUCUCACUUUCACACACGUAUACACGCAGACAAACACAUUCACUUUUAAUGAGUGGUGGGGUUUAUGGUGUGUUGAAUGGAAGCCCUGAAAUGAGAUAUCCAGGUGUUGCAUAUGGUGAUGGCUAUGGCAGCCCUUGGGGACAUUAUGACAGACAUGGCCCUUCUCGACGUUGAUUUUUCAUAAUCAUGUCUUAGAGUGCUUUGCUGUUGUUCUUCCAUACUUAUUAAGAACAUAUGGAUUCACAAAUGGUAGACAAAUGGUAAAAUGUUGUCUCAGGAGCCACCCCAACGCCACUUUGUUACCUUACCAUUACAACCAAUUUGGCUUCAAGCUGACAUGCGAGGUCCCCAAACAUAAAAUACUAAUCAAGGUUGCAGGAUGCUGCAGGAGAAUUGUAAUGUGUUCUGUUUAUAAUGAAAUGGGUAAUUGCUGUUUAUGGUGCUUUGAUUUCAGAUAAUUGGUUUAAGCUGUCAUUGUAAAGAAGUUAAAAAUUCCAAAGGUGAAAAGUAUUGCUUGUGUUUC